CGUGCACCCAGGUGGGGCCUCAGGACCGAGCAUCGGGAAACCCUGCAGUAAGCUACAGAGUGACACAAAUGUAAUCAUAGGCUUCAAAUCAAGCUUUGUAGUUUUGGGGCGAUAUUACAAACACUACUAAUCCCAAGAUUCUCAGUGGAGGGCCGUGAUUUCCGGGUUCUGUGUUGCUAGGGGGAAGGUGGCGCAGAGGACCUGUUGGAAAUGACGGUAGAAGAAGUCGGAUUUCAAUAUAAAGUCCAAAACAGUAAACCUGGAAGAUAGCAAAGAAACUUCACCAGACCUGCGUGCUAAGGGGUGUGACUCACCAUGGAGUCCCUGAUGAGUGCGGUGGCCCCACGGACCCCGGCCCUGUUGAAGAAGGCCUCUGAGGUGGACUUCCGGUCGGGGGCCACACUGGAGCAGCUGUCGGCCCAGGUGUCUGAGCUCGUCACCCUGGAGCAGGGGGACUUCGGGGACCAGCUCGCCCUCGAGGUCCACACGGCCAAAGACUUCAUCUUCAACAUGCUGGGCCUUGUACAGAAGGUGGACCAGCGUCUCCCGGUGGCCAAUGAGUACCUGCUCCUGUCUGGGGGUGCCAGGGAGGGGGUUCUGGACCUCAACCCAGAGGAGCUGGGGGACUACGCCAAGGGGGCCGAUUUCGACCUGGACUUCACCCUCCUGGUGCCCGCCCUCAAGCUCCAUGAUCGCAACCAGCCGGUCACCCUGGACAUGCGCCAGUCGCCACCCUGCCACUCCUGGCUCUCCCUGCGGCUCUGCGACCCCAACACCCAGGCAAGAUGGAGGAUCUGCUGCCAGGAGGAGACAGACUCACCCCCCGACGAUGAUGAUGAGGAAGAGAAAAGGGAAAUGGGUCACAAAGCCUCUGGUGCCGUCCCCCCCUCCCUCUACUCGCCCCACCAGUCUCUGGAUGGCUGCUACAUGUCUCCGGCGCUGGUGGCUGACUGGUUCUGGGGAGUGGUGGGUGAGGCGGUGGACGAGCUGAGGCGUUCCCCCAAGAGAGGCAUCCCCGUCCCAGAGAGGCUGGAACGCAACGGGCCCCUGACCACCCUCAUCCUCCAGGCGGGCUCCAGCCGGGUGCUCUAUGACCUGCUGCCAGUGGUGUCCUUCCGGGGCUGGCCCGCCGUGGCCCAGGGCUGGCUGACGGCCAAUCACUUCUGGGACGGGAAGAUCACAGAGGAGGAGGCGAUCUCUGGGUUCUACCUGCUGCCCUGCCCGGCUCCGCUGGGGGGGAGGCCCGACCGGGAGUGGAGGCUGGCCUUCUCACGCAGCGAGGUGCAGCUGAAGAAGUGCAUCCCGUACCCCAUGGCCCAGGCCUUCCAGGCUGCCAAGGCUGUCCUCUCCCGCCUCCUGGCUCGCCCCCGUACUGGCCUCAGCCCCUACCACCUUCGCACCCUCCUCUUCUGGGCCUGUGACCGCCUACCGCCCGCCUACCUCUCCUCGCCUGACCCAGAAACCCCCGCCCGCCUCCUCCUGGGCCUCCUGGAUGAUCUGGCCCAUUGCAUCCUGGGUAAGAACUGUCCCAACUACUUUCUGCCCCAGUGCAACAUGCUGGAGCACCUGUCGGACAGCCAAGCCCUGCUGGUGGCCCGGAAGCUGGCCCAUGUCCGGUCUGACCCGACCGAGCACCUACGGGCGGCCCUGGACCAGGCCAGACAGGCGAGCCAGCUGAAGAGGGAAGCAGCGAGCGCUACCAACGGGCACGGAGGGUCGCCCAGGCAAGGUUACCCGGCCAGCGGCAUCAUCUCGCCCUCGGACGACAAACUGGCUGCCAGGCUGCAGCAGCUGGUGACCGAGAACCCCGGGAAGUCGAUUUCUGUUUUUCUCAACCCCGAUGAUGUCACAAGGCCGCACUUCCGCAUCGAUGACAAGUUCUACUGACCUGAGAGUAAUGGUGUGCUAUCGACACACACUCUCUUCAAAACACAUGUAAAACGGCGAGUCAACUAGGAUUGCUCGAGAGUCAAAACACUACAGAGCCUCACUGCUCUCCUAUCCCACCCCCUCCUGGAGGCUAACGACAAUGAUGCUAACAACGCUGCUGAACUAUGACACUACCAAAAACACCUUUGCACACUCCCAGGAGCAGGAGGCUGACCCUAGAGAGCCCUAGGCUAGAGAAACCAACACUCUUCUCUCCAUUUAGCAGUGAGUGAUGUCAUAAAGAGACCUCACCACAGGAAAAAUGCUUGUUGAGUUACCACGGAGACUGCUGCUCUUUUAUGAGCUUGCCGUAAUGAGGUGUUGUUGUUUUUUUUUUUUUUUUUAGAAUAAAGAAGUCUGCUGCUGCUCCCAUUCAAUGGCAUGGCUUACCCAAAGGAUUUCUCCUCUCCACACUAAUGAGAAACUAUUUGCCCCCCCCCCCCCUGCCCAAUCAAAGUGGGUGAUAGUACCAGGAUUCUCCCUUUUUUUUAAUAUUCAACUAUGAUGUAUCUGAAUGUAAUUUGGUGUGGGGCAAUGUCUUUGAACAAAUAGUAUUUUCUUUCUAUACGUUUUAUCCCUUUUUCUGUUUGCUCUCUGCCCCUCUCUCGUUCUCAUACUUCCUUUCUCUUUCUUUCCCCCUCUCUCUCAGGUAUUUUUAACGUUGUUCAUUCUUUUUCUAUGUGACUCCAGACUCCCUCUGGGAGGGUUAUGGUUCCCCUCCAUCGAUCUUGAAUGGUAUAACCCAGGGUUGUCCUUCUGUUUCAACACUUACUAUGUGACUCCAGACUCCCUCUGGGAGGGUUAUGGUUCCCCUCCAUCGAUCUUGAAUGGUAUAACCCAGGGUUGUCCUUCCGUUUCCACACUUACUAUGUGACUCCAGACUCCCUCUGGGAGGGUUAUGGUUCCCCUCCAUCGAUCUUGAAUGGUAUAACCCAGGGUUGUCCUUCCAUUUCAACACUUACUAUGUGACUCCAGACUCCCUCUGGGAGGGUUAUGGUUCCCCUCCAUCGAUCUUGAAUGGUAUAACCCAGGGUUGUCCUUCCGUUUCAACACUUACUAUGUGACUCCAGACUCCCUCUGGGAGGGUUAUGGUUCCCCUCCAUCGAUCUUGAAUGGUAUAACCCAGGAUUGUCCUUCCGUUUCAACACUUACUAUGUGACGUAACGCACCAAAGAGCCACUGGAUGGGUGUUUCGAGGAGCCUUUGCCUCUUCAAUCUACCACCCCAUAAGAAAGGUAUCUGUACUCACUGACCCAGAGUCAGUCUGUACUCUUAAAGGAAAGAUUCACCCAUUUUUGAAUGCUAUAUUAUUUUUGUUCAUCUCAGCGACGUUAUCUCUCUUCCCGGGGUAAUUUCAUGUUGAUCUGAGCUAUUGCAGUUCAAGCAGGCCGAAAUAAAGCCACUCACUACACUGGAAGUUAAUUUGAAUACGACUUUUCCAUCGCGAAAACGUCUAUCAUGCAUGUCACAUUUCAAUACUGGCUUGAUGUCAUGUCGCGGGAGGUUAUUUUCUCUCAAAUUAGCCAAUGAUCAUAUUUUUGCAAUAUUCCUACCUCGGAAUUUCUUAUAAGAGGGUCCACCACAUUUCUCCUAUUUGUCUGCUUCUUCAGUCCAGAGUGCAUUGUAUGGUGCCGUUGCAUGGCCACUGCGAAUGUCAGACUCCUCUCUGUGAGGUACAUCGAUCUGCAGGUUGAACAUGGUGAGAUUGUAUACUCCUAAAUUCAUAGUGCAGUUUAGGUGAUUUUUACAGCCAACUCGCUACUUCACAUGCUGAUAUUGUCUUUGGUGGUGUUGUGUCUAGCUACCGACCAAGCUAGCCAGCCAGCCAGGCCAUAGAGGGAGCAUUGCAUUGUGGGUUUGGUUGUCGAUCUGAGCUGCAACAGAUUUCCACAUGUUGCUACCAACCUUAUUAUAACGACAAAAUGAAACAUUUGUUCACCAGAAAUAUUGAUCUCACACAGUGUUAUUUAACACUGUAAAUUAUACCAAUUAGUGGUUUUGGGUGGAUUUAGUCUUUAACGCUAAUAUUCCCCACCUUCACCUUCCAGACCAACAUGCCCCUCAGCGGUCACCUCAUCAAUUUGCCUUGAUUCAGAGGGGUUGGGUUAAAUGCGCAAGACCCACUUUCAGUUGAAGACGUUCAGUUGUACAACUGACUAGUUAUCCCCCUUUCCCUUUAUCCCAUGAAAGCUUGAAGCAGCAGUUUAUCAUCAAAUAAGGGGAAUAUCACAGGGGCUAUAAACUUUAAAUCAGUCAUUUUCUUACAGUCCCUUUUGAAAAUGUGUACCAUGGUACAGUUUACAUUGGGGCUUUAAUGGUGGGAUGUGGUCAUUAAAUGUUGUAUGAUAUUAACAAACUACCUAUAAUGGAGGCAGGUUGGUCCGGAAAGGAGGAGAGGUAGUGUUAGCUGCUGAAACGGUUGGCACACUGCUCGAUUGUAUUCUCAUCUUCAUGUUACGAAAUGAAAGCACUGCCAUGGCUUGGCUAGGCUACAUCAUGUCAUCUGUAUGAGGCUUGUGUAAGGGCUAUUUUCUUUGUUCCACUUGUGUGUGUAUGAAGAUGGGGAGGUUUUCAUGGUUUGUUGUUGAAACUCAGAGGAAAAGCUUUUUGUCUUGUCUCAGAUUUUAAUUGGAGGAAACUUGACUGGUUUUGUAAUGGUCCCUCUCUCGCUCUUCUGCUUGGUUUGCCUGUUUUAAUAAGCUGUGUGUGAUCGGACCACUGAUCAAGCUCUUUAAAUGUGCUGAUGGAGAGAGUUAGAGAUCCAGAGAGAUGGAACAGGAACAAAUGCACAGCAGGACACAAACACCCAAUGUGCUAGCCUCCUUUCCACAUCCCCUUGUGCCCUCCUCUCUCUCUGUGAGAGACUUGGGGGGCCUUAUCUUGUCCACCCAGAUGUGUUGGAUGGGGAGACGGGCCAGCCUCUGGCCCUUUGUACAGAUUAGUGGUAAAGGAUGGGGCUGCUGGGAACUGGGACAGCUGCUUGUCUGUCUCGUUAUAGAUCUGUCUCGCUUUCUCAUUAUAUAGCUGCGUCUCUCUCUCCCCUCGUUUUCCUUCUAUAACUUCCCAUCCAAUGAGUAGAAGUCACAUCUCCUGAAUACACCUUUCCAUCAUCAGAUUGGCUCUAAUCGGCAUUAGCUUAGACUGAGGGUGUGUCCAAAAUGGCACCCAAUUCCCUAUAUAGUGCACUUCUGCCCCAUGGUCCCCGGUCAAAAGUAGUGCACUGAAUAGGGUGCCAUUUAAGACGCACAGAGUAUCAGAGGUGCUUGUUGAAUAUCAUUAGUGGAAUGUCAUGGUGGACAUCACUCGAGCAUCAUCGGAACACUAAAUCAAAUAACAUGCGCCGAGUUCAACAGGUGUAACCUUACAACAAAGCAGUUUUAAGAAAAAUAAGUCUUAGGUAAAAAAAUAGAUAAGUCAGAAAUAAAAUGAACAAAUAAUUAAAGAGCAGCAGUAAAAUAACAGUAGCGAGGCUAUAUACAGGGGGUACCGGUCCAGACUAUGUGCGGGGGCACCGAUUAGUCGAGGUAAUAUGUAUGUAGGUAGAGUUAGUGACUAUACAUAGAUAAUAACCAGAGAGUAGCAGCAGUGUAAAACAGGGUGGAGGGACAAUGCAAAUAGUCUGGUUAGCCAUUAGAUUAGCUGUUCAGGGAGUAGAAGCUGUUAAGUCUUUUGGACCUAGACUUGGCUCCGCGGUACCGCUUGCCGUGUGGUAGCAGAGAGAGCAGUCGAUGACCAUGGUGGCUGGAGUCUUUGAACAUUUUUAGGGCCAUUGACACACCGCCUGGUAUCGAGGUCCUGGAUGGCAGGAAGCUUGGCCCCAGUAAUGAACUGGGCCGUACGCACUACCCUCUAGUGCCUUGCGAUCGGAGGGCGAGCCGUUGCCAUACCGGGCAGUGAUGCAAACAGUCAGGAUGCUCUCGGUGGUGCAGCUGUAGAACUUUUUGAGGACACAUGCCAAAUCUUUUCAGUCUCAUGAGGGGGAAUAGGCUUUAUCGUGCCCUCUUCAAAUCAAAUUUAUUGAUAUAGCCCUUCUUACAUCAUCUGAUAUCUCAAAGUGCUGUACAGAAACCCAGCCUAAAACUCCAAACAUUAAGCAAUGCAGGUGUAUAAGCACGGCUGUCUUGGUGUGUUUGGACCGUGAUAGUUUGUUGGCGUACACCAAGGAACUCUCAACCUGAUCCACUACAUCCCUGUCGAUGAGAAUGGGGGUGUGCUCUGUCCUCCUUUUCCUGUAGUCCACAAUCAUCUCCUUUUGUCUUGAUCACAUUGAGGGAGAAGUUGUUGUCCUGGCACCACAUGGCCAGGUCUCUGACCUCCCUAUAGGCUGUCUCGUCGUUGUCGGUGAUCAAGCCCACCACUGUUGUCGUCUGCAAACUUGAUGAUGGUGUUGGCUUCGUGCCUGGCCAUGCAGUCAUGGGUGAGCAGGGAGUACAGGAGGGGUCUGAGCACGCACCCCUGAGUGGCCCCCGUGUGGAGGAUCAGCAUGGCAGAUGUGGUGUUGCCUACCCUUACCACCUGGUUUGAGGGUACUAUGGUGUUGAACGCUGAGCUGUAGUCAAUGACUAGCAUUCUCAUGUAGGUGUUCCUUUUGUCCAGGUGGGAAAGGGCAGUGUGGAGUGCAACAGAGAUUGUGUCAUCUCUGGAUCUGUUGGGGCGGUAUCUGGGAGGAUGCUGUUGAUGUGAGGCAUGACCAGCCUUUCAAAGCACUUGAUGGCUACAGACGUGAGUGCUAUGGGUUGGUAGUCAUUUAGGAAGGUUACCUUCGUGUUCUUGGGCACAGGGACUAGGGUGGUCUGCUUAAAACAUGUUGGUAUUACCGACUCAGUGAGGGACAGGUUGAAAAUGUUAGUGAAUACACAUGCCAGUUGGUGAGCGCAUGCUCGGAGUGCACGUCCUGGUAAUCCGUCUGGCCCUACGGCCUUGUGAAUGCUACAGGUCUUUGAAAACUUUUCUUUGUGAUUUGAUAUUCUAUAUUCUCUGGAAUGUGAUAGAAUCACUACUUUAUUGGUACUGCAUAUAUUGGGUACAGUACUACUAUAUCAGUAUUGAUACUGUUUUUGAAUAGCUUCUGUUAGUGGAGUGAAUUAGGAACUACUGGUGAAUUGUGUGGGUACUUCUGUUCUUUAUAGCCUUGGUACAGGUGAGUGUAUGAAUCAAAAGGACACCUUGACAAACCAAAGAAUGUAGUGUUGCUGACAAUACAGAAGGAUGAACACCCCGAGGAUAGAGUUGAGUGCGGGUAUGUAAACUGCAAAGUAAUCAAAUGAAGUGUAUUGGUCGUGUACACAGAUUUGCAGGUGUAGCGAAAUGCUUGUUUCUAGCUCCGACAGUGCAGUAAUACCUAGCAAUAUAACAAAAUAAGCACAAUCCAAAAAAUGUAUUAAAAAAUAAAUUAAGAGGUAUAAUAUAGAAGUAUUUGUGUGUGGGUGGGUGGUCCUAGCACUUUCACGGUGGUGGUUUUCGACACACCACAGCCUGACGUUGUAAUAAUGUUCAUGAACGUUGCCUUGAGCAUUUAUGAAAGUUGUCAGGAUGGUUGAGACUUCCUUUUGUCAUGUUUUUCCUUCCUGAAUGCUUCCCUAAGUUUUAAACGCGCCACAGUUCAACGUUGUAGUGAAGUUGUUAGAACAUUGACAGACUUCCUGAAUGCUCCCCUGAAGUUUUAAAUUCAGUGCCAGCGUUUGAAAUAUGCAAUGUCAGGUGUAUCUCACUGCCUAGUUAGUAGGCAUACACAUUAGUAUGAUGCUUUAGCCUAUCUGUGAUAAAUGGAAACGUACACAAUUUGAUACUGGUGCCGAAUGUCAAGAUCAAAAGUUAACAGCAGCAGUGCUAUGCAAUCGUGUACCCAAUCUAACUUCUAAUGGACUAUCUGCUACAGACAGAGCUGUUGUCAGCAAUAUGAGGUAAUUGUACUGCUAAAACGACUAAAUGUUAUAUUAUUUUGUGCUUAAACUACUGAUAAUUGUUUUUGAUUGAAAAUGAACAAAUAAUGAAUGUAACCAAUUUUACCUCGACUCACUCAAUCAAUUAAAAUAUAGUUGGAAAAAAAGUUUUCCAUGCAAAUCCUGACUCAAUUACCAUAUAAAAGAGCUGCAAUAUCGUCAAUGACUCCACCCCAUAUCUGGAAAUAUUUGCCAUUUAAAACUUGACUACUUUCCUCUUCCUUCAUCAAGUGCAAAUGAACUUUAUCAUGAAUGUUUUACUGUAUUUAUUUUCUCUGGGUUGUGUUGAAUGAUGAUCAGUGAUGGUACUGCUGUAGCAUGAAAUAAAUCUACAUCUUGAUCACUA